GGGCGAUCUUUAAACCUUCCAAACUCCUUUCACGAAUCACUACAUAAUACAUACGCACCUAUAUCUCUACCUCACCUUUUGACAAAUUGACAUCCACGAAAUCUUCAAAUCGACAUGUCCACCCUCUCCUCCCCCCGCCCCUCAAUCGCCUCAUCCCGCGCCCACUCUCCAACACCAACAUCCUCGCACCGACCCUCCCUCGACACCCUCAACACCAACUACAACCUCAACAACCUCAGCGCCUCCUCCACUCCAUCCACCGCCCGCGCCGUCUCCCCCUCCUUACACCCCCGCCGCAACCGCGCCGCCCUCCGCGACUACUACAACCUCAAACCCUCCUCCGCAGCCGAUCCCAACAAUGACGGGCGCCGCUCACGCAGCAUCCCGCGCCACACCGACGCAGGCGACAUCUCCAGCAGCAGUAGCGGUGCCGGCGGCCCAUCCAUACUCUCCACAACAGGAACCGAGCUCGAUAGCCCGGACUUCGACCCGCAACGCUACGUCAACCAGCUCCUCGCUUCGUCGUCGCUAUCGACGGUCCUGAAAGCGGAGAAUACGCUUGUCGGGGAUAUCCGCACGUUGGACAGUGAGCGCAAAGCAUUAGUGUAUGAUAAUUACUCGAAGUUGAUCAGGGCUGUUGAGACGAUUGGGAAGAUGAGAAGGACGAUGGAUGAUCGGGGCGCGCCGUUGACGAUGACGAAGACGCUGGGGCCCGCGAUUGCGUUUGUGGCGGAGACUGCUGGGGGUUUGAUUCAGGAGGGGGAGGAGCAGCAGAGGAGGAUGAAAGAGGUUAGGGAGAGUGAGGGGGUGGAGAGGAGGAGGGCUGAGAAGGGGACGGGGGUUAAGGAGGUUAGGGAGGCUUGUGAGAAGGUUAUGGAGGGGAGGGAAGCUUGAGUUGGGAGGAUCUUUAUCUGAGGAUUCAUCAAAGGCACUGCACAAAGGUCGGGGACGGAUUUGAUAUCCCCCAUAAUGCGUGAGAGUCGCCUCGUGGAAGUCACUAUGGUGCACCCAUGUCCAGUUGAAGGGUCAUCUUCAAGUUGGAUUCAUAAAAUGGGCCUCAGCAUGGCACAAGAGGGCGCCGUGCUAUCACCUAUGAGCCACCUCCAGACCAA